GCAAGGUCAGUCGAUUGCUCAAGGACGGUUCCACUAGUCUAAUCAUCGUUUUAGUUUACGUUGGUAUUCAACUCAAUGGUCCUUGAUGCCAGGACAGAGGAAAACAAAGUUGACUUUGAUGUGCCGGGCAUAAUAUAUCUCUCAACUAUACCAAAUGGGAUGAAUGUUAGCAUGGUUUCCGACAUUAUGCAACAGUUUGGUAAAAUUGGCAGAGUUUACUUGGUACCGAAAAAGAAGAAAGUGGGGAAAUACCGUCAGUAUGAAGAAGGCUGGGUUGAGUUUCUGAACAAGAAAAUGGCUAAGCGUGUCGCUAAGCGACUAAACUGUACAGAAGUUCUUGGGUCGAAGCGUAAUCCGUGGUUUGGUGAACUAUGGAACAUUAGGUUUUUGAAGGAUACUUCAUGGAACGACCUUUUUGGCGCUGAACGUGAAGAAGAAGAAGAAAGACGUACAGCUCAUGAUCGUGAUAUAGUGAUUGCGAAACAUCAGUCUCAUCAAUUUUCUGCAGCUCUAGAUGCAAAAAAACUAGAAAAACGGAUGAAGCAAGUUAAGGGAAAAAGAUUUAAUGAAAGAAAAGCAAUUCGAUUAAAUCGACGUCAAAAACUUACAGAAGACGAAAUAAAAGAAAAACUUGCUCAUUCUAGUCGUACACCACCUGAAGGAUGUCUUGGUUUUUCAGCUGUUUCAAAUCCCGAGUUUAUGGGUAGUCUUUUUUCUGGUGGUUUGUAACUCUUGUUACUGGAUUAUUUCUUGUACAUAAAAUUCUUGUGUAGAGUGUAAAUAAAUAUAUUUGAAUGAAAA